AUGGAGAGGUGGGGGGUGAGGGUUCUGCUAUAUGCGGAUGAUAUUGUGGUCUAUAUCACGGGAGAGGACAUAGACGAAUUAAGGGAAAAGCUAGAGGGGGCGGUGGGGGCGUUGUUGGAGAAUCUUAAGGAGCUGGGGCUAGGUUUGGCAGAAGGCAAAUCCAAGGUGGUAGUCUUCUCCAAGGCAAGAGAUAGAAAUAGGGGGUUCGGAGAGUUUAGAAUACGAGAAGAACGCUUGGAGGGGGAAGCGCAGGCCGUUUUUUUGGGAAUUACCCUGGACAGGGCCCUCAGUUUCAGUAAACAUAUAGAAUUGGUCUCGAAUAAAGUUAGAAAAAAAUUGGACAUUCUGAGGUUCAUUGCGGGAAUUAAGAAGGGUGUCAAACCAAGUACAAUGCUGAUCUUUUUUAAAGGGUUGAUUAGAUCAGUGAUUGAGUAUGACCUGUUUCUUUUCUUUUGGGAAAAUGAAAGAGCAUUGAAUAAGAUUAUGAGGUUACAUAAUGCGGGGGUUCGUACAGCUAUGGGGUAUAGAAUAACCACCCCUAUAAAUGUAAUGAACACGGAAGCUGGGAUAAUGGACCUGGAAUCCAGAGCGGAGGUAUUGCUAGAAAGAUUUGUGAUGAAACAUAGAAUUAAAGGUAGGGGGGUGGUUUACGAGGCUUUGGCGAGAACCCUAGUGGUGAGAGAGGAAGAGCCUUCGGAGGAGUGGGAUCCGUGGGUGAGGGCAUGGCGUAAAACAUAG